AUGGCACUGAAGAAGGUCAAAGGAACUCUCGAACGAGUUCUGGAUAAAAAUUUGCAGGAUCUUGUUCGAGGCAUUCGGAAUCACAAGGAAAAUGAGAGCAAGUACAUAGCAGAAUGCAUUGAUGAAAUAAAACAAGAGCUGAAACAGGAUAACCUUGCCAUCAAAGCCAAUGCAGUCAAUAAGCUAACUUAUCUUCAAAUGCUUGGCUAUGAUAUCAGCUGGGCAGCAUUUAACAUUAUAGAGGUUAUGAGCUCAACCAAGUUCACAUUCAAGAGAAUUGGUUACUUGGCGGCAUCUCAAUCAUUCCAUGAAGAAACUGAUGUUUUGAUGUUGACAACAAACAUGAUCCGGAAGGAUAUGAGCAGCCAAAACAUGUACGAUUCAGGUGUGGCCUUGAAUGGUCUGUCUUGUUUCAUCACCCCAGACCUGGCACGUGACCUGGCCAAUGACAUCAUGACCCUGAUGACUUCCUCCAGACCGUACCUGAGAAAGAAAGCAGUGCUGAUCAUGUACAAGGUGUUCUUGCAGUUUCCAGAAGCCUUGCGUCCAGCAUUCCCCAGGCUGAAGGAGAAGCUAGAGGAUCCUGACCCAGGUGUGCAGUCAGCCGCAGUGAAUGUCAUUUGUGAACUAGCUAGGAAGAACCCAAAGAAUUACUUGUCUCUGGCACCUCUAUUUUUCAAGUUGAUGACAACCUCAACAAACAACUGGGUUCUUAUAAAAAUUAUCAAACUGUUCAGCGCACUGACACCUUUAGAGCCAAGACUGGGCAAGAAGUUAAUUGAGCCUCUUACAAAUUUAAUCCACAGUACCUCUGCGAUGUCCUUACUUUAUGAGUGUAUCAACACAGUGAUUGCAGUUCUCGUUUCUAUAUCUUCAGGCAUUCCCAACCAUACAGCUUCCAUUCAGCUGUGUGUUCAGAAACUCCGCAUUCUCAUUGAGGAUUCUGAUCAAAAUUUAAAAUAUCUUGGCUUGCUGGCAAUGUCCCGCAUUUUGGCAACACAUCCAAAGUCAGUUCAAGGGCACAAGGACCUCAUACUGCAGUGUUUGGAUGACAGAGAUGAGUCCAUCCGACUCAGGGCAUUAGAUUUGCUUUAUGGCAUGGUUUCCAAGAAGAACCUGAUGGAAAUUGUCAAGAAACUGAUGGUGCACAUGGAUAAAGCUGAAGGGUCACAUUACAGAGAUGAACUUCUGUCCAAGACCAUCGAGAUCUGCAGUCAGUCUAACUACCAGUAUGUGACUAACUUUGAGUGGUAUGUAAGUAUUCUGGUGGAGCUGACAAGGAUGGAAGGCACCAAGCAUGGGAAACUGAUAGCCAACCAGAUGCUUGAUGUUGCUAUUCGUGUGCAGGCCAUUCGACACUUUGCUGUUUCACAGAUGGCGAUCCUUCUAGAAAAUUCACAUCUUUUGGCUAAUAACUCCCAGAGAAAUGGUAUUUGUGAGGUUCUGCAUGCUGCAGCCUGGAUUUGUGGAGAGUUUUCUGAACAUCUAAGCAAUCCAAAGGCUACAUUGGAAGCUAUGCUGAAGCCAAAGAUCACAUCCCUCCCAGGCCAUAUCCAGUCCAUAUUUGUACAGAACAUCUUGAAACUUUAUGGCAAGAUCCUCAAAGCUGCUGAGGCCAAAGAAGAUGACAGUCUAAAGAAAGAAGUUCAUACUUUGCUCCAGGAAAAGCUCCCUGUCUUUAUACAGAGUGGGGAUUUGGAAGUCCAAGAGAGAGCAUGCAGUAUCCUGCAGAUUGUGAAGUAUAUCAUGAAACUGGAAGAAAAGGGAGCAGCCGUGGCUGAUGAGGUGGAGAAUUUGUAUGCUGGGGAGCUCAACCCUGUUGCACCUAAAGCUCAGAAGAAGGUUCCUGUUCCUGAAGGUCUUGACCUGGACAAAUGGAUAAAUGAAGCCCCAGAUGACAGCUCUGAUGAAGAAGUUCCAGGAAAUACGUUUUUCUUAACAACGGAAGAUGAACACCGAUCGUCUUACCAACAUGGGGAUGAAUCAAGACCCACUUAUGAACCCACAGAAGAAGAGCUUGAAAAGAGAAAAGCUAUUAGAAAAACAGAAGUGGAACACAAUCCUCACUACCUGAAGGAUGAUGGCAAGGGACAUAAGCCAAGACACAAAGACGCAUUUGAUGCCAAGGAUAUUCCGGUGGCUGAAAUUGAUCUUUCGGUGCCACUACAUGUUCCAGGUUUAUCAUCAUCAGACAAGUACAUGGUGCUUCAGCAGAAGACAGAGAAGGCUCACAAAGGCAAGAAGGAGAAGGGCAAGAAGAAAAAGAAGAAAGGCAAAGGUAAAACACAGGCAGAGGAGUCAGAUGAGGAUGAGGUUGCGGCAGUACAUACAGUCAGCACAAUUGUAGAUGCUCCAGAGGGCAUGGCUGGGUCAGAUCAUGAAGAUGAUAAAAAGAGCGGUGAUGUCUACAAAGCUUUGGAUAUUAACCUGGACGA